AUGAUGAAGCCAGAAAAUAAAAAAAUAAGUGAAAAAUUUUGCAAUAGUGCCUAUUAUCAAGAAAGAAGCAAAGAAGAAAAGCUAGCAACAAUGAGAAGCUAUGGUACAUACGAGGAUGAUCCAUCUGGGGAAAUAACCUCUAUCCCUCCAAAGCAGUCGAAGCAGAAAAAGCCUACCAAAUUCAGGGAAAGAAUGCGCAGGUGGUUACAAAGUGGGAAAAAUAAUGAUCAACAUGGGGAAGAGGAUGUUCCUAAAAUAUUCAACAAGAAUUUCUAUCCGCAAACGGGCUUGACAGCUUUUAACAAUAAUGACAAUGGCGAGGGUCAAGAUAUUACAAACAAUUUUUAUCUGCCCAGUGAAGACGAAUCUGGUCCAUUCCAAAGUAGUGUUAAAACUUUUCUAACUGGAAAUAAUGAUGAUGAUCCUAACUUCCAACAAAGUCAAAUUCCAAAACAGAAGUCCGAACAUCCAAAAUCACCUUAUCGGCAAAAGCCUACGCAAGAAAUAGCAUUGCUGAAGGACCUUUUUGUUACUAACAAAUAUGAUGAUCCCUAUUUGAACUCUUCCACAAAGUUUGGUAACAUAACUUCAACAUUUCCCAGUAGCUUAUCAUUAAGGACCGUCACCUUGCAAACAGUAAAGAAAAGAAUUGAUUGUAUUUCUGCUAAGAAGAAAGAAGUGUGGAAGACGGAGGAAAAAUUUCUAAAAGAUAUCCUAAUGUGGCUACAAAGCUCAAACUUUGAAGAUCCUGAUACAAUCUCAUUAAUACAUGAAAUUGAAAAAAUAUUUGAAGAAGAUAUCCACUUUGAACAAAAUGUGUCGGAUUGCUUAAAAGAAAUCUCAAAUAACUUCGAAUAUGUUUGCAUGAGAGAAACCCAAUUAAUAAACGAGGGAAAUAUACUGAAAAACGACUUGAAAAAGUACGCAAAAUCAAGAGAGCACAAAGGUGAGAAGCAUGAAGAUACUGAGGUCUUGAGAGAAAAAGUGAUAUCAUCACAAAAAUCUUUUGACGUUACAAAACGGCACUAUAAGCAUGCAAUUUCAAUAACGACAAGACAGCUAUUUAUGAAUUUGGCUUUUGAGUACUACGAAAAUUGUUCGGAUAUGAAGGAUAUUUCGAGAAAAUACUUACAAGAAUCUUUGUCCACCUUACAAACUAUCGACACACUGAGUUUUUCAGAAGAAUUAGAAAGAAUAAGAAAGAGAAGAUUUGAUAAAUUUUGGGCCAAAAGUAAUCCGGAUCUAACAAAUAAUAUCCAGAAGUUUGUUAAUAUGAGAACAGGGGUGGCAGGUUUCAACGAUUCCUUAAUGAAUCACUUGUACGGAAAACUAAGUUUCGGGGUGGCGCCACUUGAGGAAGAAUUGAAAAAUUCACAGCCUGAGCUCACUGAUAUGCCUGAAAAUAUUUGGAAUGAGGUUCUUUCUGAUUAUAAUUCGAUGGACGGUAAUCCAAUUACUUCAAAUAAGUUCUUAUCUGCCAAAGAAGUUGAGCCCGAUCAAUUAGCCGAGCUUUUCUCUCAAGAAGAGAAAGAAGAAGACGUAAAAAAUAAUAGUUCCUCAACUGCAAAUGUUCAACCGGUAUCACAACCUGAGGUGAAAAAGGAAAAUUUGGAAUCAAGUGACUCCUUGAUUUUAAGAAGUACGAAAAGAAAUAUAAAUAUCAAUGCCACAAGUUUGAGGAAUAUCUCCAUUAAAAAAGCUCAAAUCAAACCGGAGUCUGCAAAUGAUGAAAGUAAAAUUCUUGCUGCGGCAUUAAAUGAUGCAAAGCAGAAUUUGGACGAAAACGUCUGGAGAAGUCCAAUCUGA